AUGAAUGAGAUUUUGCAGUUGACUCACGAAUCGAUCAAACAUUUGGAUGUUUUCAUGUCGAAUUAUGUUCCUUACAUGAAAUCUAAUAUAUCAACAGAUUAUCCAGAUGAUAAAUUAUCAGAAUUGAAUUUCUUUGAUGGUGGAAUGGUGAAAUUGUGGAUUUUCAUGUUGGAGAAUUAUUCACUCACGAUGGUGACAAUUGUCUUGCCAUUUGUCAUUUUGUUUUUGAAUUAUUUCAUUCCUAGUGGAUUGAUGUGGUUGGUAGAGUGGUGCGACUUUGAUUUUCUGAGGAAAUAUAAGAUUCAACCUGUAAGUAGUUAA